AUGAGUAGAGUUGAGGUUUCUGCCUCAAGAAAUAGAAUAGAUUCUACAAACAAAUUCAUUACCGAUCAGGUAUUUCCUUCACGAGAAGCUGUGUUUGAAUGGGCAAAAACCAUUGGAAGAGAAAAUGGAAUUUUAAUUGUUACCAUUCGUUCAGAUAAAUUGCAGAGAGUGAAGAUUGUAGGUACUGACAAAACAAUAUGUGGUUGCUCAAUCAGAACAACUCAUGGAUUACCAUGUGCUUGUGAGUUGGCAAAGUUGCAGAUAUCUGGUAAUGUUAUCCCUUUAGAUAGCAUUCAUGUUUUUUGGAGAAAGUUAAGCCUUGAGAAUGAAUUGGAGGAUGAAGAAUCUUUAUCAGAUUAUGACUUUUCAGAAGAGUUAGAAGCAAUGAAAGCGUACACGAAGAAACACGAUAUUAUAAUAGACGUGGUGGCUGAUGGAAAUUGUGGGUUUCGCGCAAUUGCAGCAUUGUUAGGUUGGACUGAAGAAUCUUGGCCUUUAGUUCGAACACAAUUGGAUAAAGAGAUUCAUCUACAUCAAGACCUUUAUGCUAAUGUGUUCGAUGACAGUGUUGAAUCAGUGCGUAGCUCAUUGAACAUAUCAGGAUUGGGUGCUCAAGGACAAGAUAAGUGGAUGUGUUUACCAGACUUGGGUUACGUGAUAGCAACACAAUAUAAUGUCAUAUUGGUGUCGUUGUCUCGUAAUCUGAAUAUGACAUUCUUUCCGCUAAACAAAGCACCGCCGUCAAAAGAACGUUUACUAGCCAUUGGAUUCGUCAAUGGAAAUCAUUGGGUACAGAUCAAGUUGAAGUCUAAUUGUCCUUUGCCACCUAUCUCACAAAAAUGGAAAGACUAUUGUAAUGAAUGUGCCCAAUGGGUUCGAUGA